ACAAAUGGCAAAACAGAUAGCUGACGUCCAAAUCCAUGCUUCAGAUUCUCAGGAUUAUUUGGAGGAUGAUAAUCUGGAUAUAAGCGUUGAUCUCAUAGACGACGGACUGUAUUUAGGUAAUCUGGCAUGUGCCAGAGACUACAAGACAUUAGAGAAGUUGCAGGUAACACAUAUACUGACCAUAGAUGUGGUACCACUGCCGCGGACAGCACUCGACCACAUCAAUAUCACCUUUAAAUAUGUGAAAUUGGCUGAUGUGCCCAAAGAAGAUUUGAUAAGCCACCUGCCAGAAACAAAUGAUUUUAUCAAAGAAGCGAUCACAAAAGGUGGCACAGUAUUGGUGCAUUGUUACUUCGGAGUGUCUCGGUCAGCUGCUGUAGUGGUAGCUUAUAUAAUGGAAAAGUAUGGACUAUGUUACGAGGACGCGUUCACAUUGGUAAAGAGCAAGCGGCGGUUUAUCAGCCCCAACAUUGGUUUCGUGGCGCAGCUCAAACUCUUUGGCCAUAUUGGAUUUACGCUGAACAAAGAGGACCCUAGAUAUAAGCAAUUUAGGUUGAAAAUGGCCGGGCAAAAGUUAAAACAAGUAAAAAUUCUACCACAAAUGUUCGCGGACCUCGUGAAACCAGACCCAGGGUUGAUACGGGAGCGGCCUGAUCCCAUAGUAUACCGGUGCAAGAAGUGCCGCCGUAUAGUAGCCAGCCAGAACAACAUCAUCCCGCACAUACCCAAGCAGUUAAAAGUGGAGUUAGCAAAGAAAGGCAUUCGGCCGCCACCGAGCAAGCUCACAGGGCUGACCUGUGCCGAGAAUGGGGAGAUCCUGUUAGAGAAGUUGAAGAGUCUCGCCUGUCAGAUAUUGGAUACUAAGAUUGAUACGUGCAGCGAUUUGAAUAGUCCAGGACAGAGUAAUAGCCAGAAGAGUGACUGUCAUGAUAGUGAUGAAGGUCCUAGCCAGGUGUUGGACGGCUACAGUGAAGGGAACAUGGUGGACGCGAACAUAGUGGCCCGCGACGCACCCGAGAUCUGCCGGCUGAUGUGGUUCGUGGAGCCGAUGUCCUGGAUGAAGGAGGUGCAGCACGACACGCACGGCAAGCUGCACUGCCCCAAGUGUCAGAACAAAAUUGGCAGCUUCAACUGGGUCAUGGGCUGUAAAUGCCCGUGCGGACAGAAGGUAGCGCCGGCUUUCUACCUCGUACCUUCGAAGGUAGAAUGGUCCAAUAUAGUACAAAAUGUACAGGUCACUGUUUGAAGGAACCUCAUACCCUGUUGUG